AUGGUUGAGCGGUGGAGGUCGGAGACACAUACCUUCCAUCUUCGCACCGAUGAGGCCACAAUUACACUUCAGGAUGUGGAGGUCCUCUUUGGAUUGCGGGUAGAUGGAGAGCCAUUAUACACUCAGUACGAGCCUCCUCAUGGUAGUACAUCGUUGACGGAGUUGACUAGGCUCACCCACUUCGUGCCUGGUGCCGAGGGCCAGAUGUCGGGACAGAGUCGGGUUCAGAUUAGUGCACUCUGCACUUAUUUGGAGGCUCUGCCUCCUGUUAAGGACCGUACCCAGCAGGAUGUUGUUGAUCGUCAUGCUCAUUUGUACUUGCUUAUUAUAUUCGAAGGCAUCUUGUUCCCGAACUCAUCGGGUGCCUUUGUUAGUUUACGAUAUUUGGUCUUCUUGGAGCAUCUGGACCGCUUGAGAGACUACAGCUGGAGUGGUGCUGUUUUGGCGUACCUUUACAGAUGCCUAUGCCGAGCAUCUAUUGGUGUUGUCAGCGAUGUGUGUGGAUUUUUUGCUCUUCUCCAGGUAAUAUUUUAA